UUUCCCGAGGCGAGCCGUGCGAGCGGCAGUGCGAGCACGGGAAUCGACGGCGUCGCACCACGACGACCGCGCGUUCUCUCGAGAUCAGCUAAGUCUCUGAGUGCGUCCGACGGGAUAUAGGUGAGAGGAUGUCGGCGAAAGGUGGAAGGAGCCGCCGCUUGGAGGGAAACGAUGAAGAUCAGCGCCGUAUCCGAUAAGGAUACAGUCUCAGUAUUUUGCCGAUCUUCUCGCCGCUGAAACGGCCCACCUCCGCUCUCUGCGGGAGAAUUAACUCUGCGAGUAAUUACGGCGACGAGGCUCUCGCGAACACGAGACGAGUUCGUCUCUCCUUUCCGCGAAGGAAGGAAAGAAGGAAGGAAGGAAGGAUUCUGCGGAUUCCCACUUUUGGCCAGCGACCAGAGGCCAGCGCGAAACGUCGGAUAAUAAACUCGGCCAGACUCGGCCGCGACAACGACAACGACAACGACAACGACAACGACAACGUGUAGAAGAAAAGCUCGGGAGAGUGCUGCGGCGAUUCGUUCGCAGGACAGCGCGAUCCGAUGAGAAUUUUUUUUUCACCAAGGCGCCUGGUUGUCUCGUUAAGCCGCGAAAGCGACGCGCGAACGCUCCCGGAGCACAAAGGCCGAGCAACAUUAUUGAAUCCCAGGUGGGAGGGGGUUCAAUGCAAAAGCCUCGGGGCGUCGCGCGAGGAGGCGGCACCCUUUGUGCCGCCGCGUCGGAGUCCAGGAGUCGGGGACUUUAUCCAGUCGACAAUGAUCGAUCUAUUAAUUCCGCAGUCAGCGGGUACAUCUGCUGAGGAGACGCCGCGAAGAGAGAGAGAGUAAAAGGGGGAGAGAGAGAGAGAAACGCAGCGUGAAGUGAGAAAAAAGAGUCGUCGCGGCGCACGUGGGACGUGGAUCUGUCUCUCGGGUUCGCGGGUUGCGAUCGAAAUCACGUCGCGCAUUAAUCGUCGGCGGGAUCGUAAUGAAGCGCCGCGACGCCGCCGGCGAAGACGAAGCGUAACAGGAGGAGGAGAGCGCGGACGCGCGUCAACGGUUUUCCCGAUGCGACGACACGUGAGUGCCGUCACGCCGGAUGAACCGAGGACGAUUCGCAGGUGACCCCCAGCCCCCGAGAGCUCGAUCUGCUUUCGCCGCGGUGAAAACGUGCCCAAUGUGCCGGAAAAGUCCUAACGCCGCACGUGGCCGCGAUCCGCCGUGGCCGGAUCGAUCGUCGCCUCGCCGCUACGGAGGAGUCCUGUGCGUCCUCCUGCUACUAAUCGGGAUGUUGCUCGGUUGCGAGGCCGGAGGUAACGGUACGCCAGAUGUUUAUAGGAUACUCGGAGGUAGCGGAACGCGCCACGCGGAUUACGAUUAUCCGCGUAUGAGCGAGAUGGACGAUGCGAGACAGCAAGGAGAUCUUUAUAUCGGUCGCAGCGGCGACCCGUGGACCAGUGUCUCCUCGGCUCACAAUUACGAGAAAGAUAUUCUCGUGCGCGUACCGCCGUCGGCGAACCACACGAACGCGCUUAUACCUGUCGCUUUCAGAAGCGCCGUUAAGGAGACGUCUACUCGUGCGAGAUUCAAGCGAGGAGUAAUACAUCUUUAUAACAUGGUGGUGUGUGCCACAGGAUGUAAUCCUUUGGCCUACAAGGGAUACGGUUGUUACUGCGGAUUCCUUGGAUCCGGUUACGUCAUCGACGGUAUCGACCAGUACGUUAUUCAUUCGUGCUGCAAGAUGCACGAUUGGUGUUACGACGCCACAGAAUGCCCAAUGUUCUCGGAGUACUUCGUACCGUAUUACUGGAGAUGUUACCGCGGUUACAAGCCCAUUUGCGCGGUUGAACACGGCGACUGGGGAGGGUCUGGAUCUUGCGCUCAGCGUUUGUGCGAAUGCGAUCGUUCGUUAGCCGAAUGCCUGAAGAGAUACCCAUGCCCCACUACCAAAGCAGUUUGUACCUCGUCGCCUUGGAGACUCGUGCAGAAUCUCUUUAUGAUUAUUUGAAUGUCCCGCUUAUCUCGAAGAUAGCGUCAAUUCAAAUUUUCAAAAGUGCAAUAAAAAGAUGGCUUUAUGGUCUCGAGAAUUCGACAUACCGCGCUUUCACGAUAAACGAACGUGAAUAUCGCAAUCGUGCGAUUAACUCACAGGGACAAGGAUAAUACAACGUGUACUGCGAUGCCAAAGAGAGAAUGCUGACCGUAUCAGCGAGCGUUUUCUAUGUGUGAAACGAGUUACAUGAACGAACAUUGAUCAACAACGAUUAUCAUUCUA